CUUUAUCGUAUAGCCAGCCUCCUUACUCCUUAAGUUAAAAUCCCUCUCCUUAACAUUUGCUCGCAUUUCUCAAUUAACAGCCAUGUCAGAAAGGAGAUUUCGCUUUGGUUAUGUACUUGCACCAAAGAAAGUAAGCAGCUUUAUUCAAGAUUCCCUCGUCAAUCAUGCCCAACAACAAGGUAUUGAUCUAAUCCCAAUCGAUCUGAAUAAACCAUUAAUCGAACAAGGUCCUUUUGAUUGUAUUUUCCACAAGCUAUAUGGUCCUGAAUGGAGAAAACAGUUAGAAGAAUUUUCCCUUCAGAACCCAACUUCCAUCAUAAUAGAUCCCAUUGAUGCUAUUGAAAAACUCCACAACCGAAUUUCAAUGCUUGAAGUUGUUAACGAAUUAAAAAUUACCCAAGAAAAUGAAACUAUUGGAGUCCCUCUUCAGAUUUUUAUUCAAGAAAAUUCUGAUUCUCCCUUAGACCAUAUCACACGUCAAGGGUUGGAUUUCCCCAUUAUUGCUAAGCCUUUAAUUGCUAAUGGGACAGCUGAUUCACACCAAAUGUAUUUAGUUUUAAAACCAGAAGGUCUAGAAGAGCUGAAACCGCCAAUCGUAUUACAGGAGUUUGUUAAUCAUGGUGGAGUUAUUUUUAAGGUUUAUGUAGCAGGGGAACAUGUGAAAUGUGUGAAAAGAAGGUCAUUGCCUGAUAUUUCUGAGGAGAAAUUGGGUACUUUAGAGAAUUUGAUAGCGUUUUCGCAGAUAUCUAAUUUGACUGCUCAAGAUCAGAAUGAUGAUAGUUUUGCUGAAGUGAUUGAAAAUGCGGAGAUGCCUCCGUUAGGAUUUGUGACAGAUGUGGCUAAUCAGUUGAGGGAUGCUAUGAAGUUGCAUCUUUUUAACUUUGAUAUGAUAAGGGAUACUAGAGCUGGAAAUCGAUAUCUUGUUAUUGAUAUCAAUUACUUCCCUGGAUAUGCUAAGAUGCCGUCUUAUGAAACUAUUUUGACUGCAUUUUUCCUUGAUAUUGCUCGCCAGAAGCAAAGCAACGAAUCUGGUUAGCUUCUGAUGAUGCUGGAGUGAUUGAAAUAAACCUGCUCUUUGUGGUAGAUGUGAAUCGAAAGAGGCUAACUGCUCUAAUUUCGCUAAAUUGUUAGGUGAGGUCUGCAGACUUUUGGGGGCGAUUGAUGCAAUCCUCUUUCCUUUUUUCGUUGUUUUUUAGUUAUUGCAAGCAUAUGUGGAAUAAUCUGGAAGUCGAUGCUAAUGUUUCAAAGUUUCAGCAAUGGAGUUUUUAGUUUUGAGGAAUUGGUGCUUUUCCUUACAUGCUUACUGUCAUAUUGCUCGAGUCUUUUCAAUCUUGCUAAUUUCUUCCUUACUACUUGUUGUUGAGGCAUAUAUACAAUUAUACAUUUGUCUUU